AUGCAGCUUAGUGAAUUAGAGAAAGGAAUGGUUAGAUAUUUUGGUUUAUCUCUUGGGUUGGAUUUGAGUUCUACUAUUGGGGUUGGAAGAAGAAGAGGCUCUGGCUUAGUGGUGAGGGCUGGGAAGGCUGCUCUGUGUCUAACCAAGAGAAAUAGGUCCCGGAAAUCUUUGGCUCGAACUCAUGGCUUCCGCAGACGCAUGAGAACCACUGGUGGUAGAGCAAUGUUGAAGCGCCGACGUGCUAAGGGACGGAAGAUCCUCUGCACGAAGACCAAUCCCAACAGUGGAAAACGUGCCUGA